AUGGCGGCGGUGUCAGUAGUGAAGAUGUCCGGCAGCGACCCUGAGCGCCCCCAGUUCCUCUUCGUGAAGGUGCUGGCAAGCCGGGGGCGGCUGGAGGCGGUGACCCAGCAGAUGGGCUACCACCCGCAGUACCUCGACAGCUUCCUCAAGACACAGCACUACCUGAUGCACAUGGACGGCCCGCUGCCCUUUGACUGCCGGCACUACAUCGCCAUCAUGGCAGCCGCCCGGCACCAGUGCCGGUACCUGGUGAACCUGCACGUGCUGCAGUUCCUGCGGGCAGGGGGCGAUCCCCAGUGGCUGCGCGGCCUCGACUUCAUCCCCCCUAAACUCCGCAACCUCAACGAGAUCAACAAGAUCCUGGCACACCGGCCAUGGCUCAUCACCAAGGAGCACAUUGAGAAGCUGCUGAAAAUCAGCGAGUGGAGCUGGUCGCUGGCGGAGCUGGUGCAUGCCGUUGUCCUCCUGGCACACUGCCACGCGCUUGCCAGCUUUGUCUUUGGCUGUGGCUGUGAGCAGGACGAGGGGCCGGGGGGCCGAGGCUUGCUGAAGCCCUUGUCGCCCGGGAACCAGUGGUUCUGUGAAGCCCCCGCCGGCAACGGCUGCAGCCAGGAGCUGCUGCGCAUCAACCGCAAGCGGUCCCUGGACUCCUGCAUGGAGCUGGAUUCCCUCCGGGAACGCAUGCAGCGGAUCCACGUGGAGACCGAGGGCAGGGAGGAGAUGAGGCUGCUGCAGCAGGACCGAGAGGAAGAUACCGACGGGGAAGUCACCAGUGCCACCAAUCUUGCAUGCUACAUGCAGGACCCUGACUUUGGAUACCAGGACUUUGCCCGGCGUGACGAGGAUCAGACGCAGGUAUUCAGAGUCCAGGAUUACUCCUGGGAAGACCAUGGCUUCUCGCUGGUCAACCGACUCUACUCCGACAUCGGGCAUCUCCUGGACGAGAAGUUUCGGAUGGUGGAUGGUCUGCAAAGCAGUGCCAUGGCCAAGCGUCAGGGCUGUGAACCCUCUGUCUUCAAGCGGGGCAUCUGGAACUACAUCCACUGCAUGUUUGGCAUUAGGUACGAUGACUAUGACUAUGCCGAAGUGAAUCAGCUCCUGGAGCGAAUGCUGAAAGUUUACAUUAAGACUGUAACCUGCUACCCAGAGAAGACAAACUCAGAAAUGUUUGACAGGUUCUGGAAGCAGUUCAAGCACAGUGAAAAGGUCCACGUGAACCUGCUCAUCCUGGAAGCACGAAUGCAGGCAGAGCUGCUGUACGCAUUGCAGGCCAUCACCCAGUACAUGAUCUCCUAGACGGUGGUGGGGAGCUGUGCUGCAGCAGGGCCAGGCAGCAUCCUCUCUCCCUGGACUCAUGCGUGACCCGUCAUGCUGGGACGGACGGCGAGGGAUUACUCAAUUUAGUUUACUUGACUGUCUUGUUCCUUCCCCCCGCCCUUGUGGGGCUCACUGAGUGGCCCCGUUUCGUGCAAUUACCAAACUGUGAGGCAA